AUGAAACUGAGGUUUCUUUUCGCCGUGUUCAAAAUAAUUGCCCUCCAAAACAUGUUCCAUAUCACGCAAGACAUCGUAACUGUAUCUACCAAGUGCAGGGAAAGGGGCCAUACUUUAUCCAACCAAAGCUACCGCUUGGCGCAGCCAACCAAGUACGAUAAUUUGCAUUUCUCGGGAUGCUCAAACACUCUGUUCGGAAAAAAAAAUGACCAGUCUCUUUUACAAUUGCGCAUACGAAAUCGAAUACGCAGAACUGAUGAGGAGGAUGACCAAGGUGAACAAGAUGACGGGGGUGAGCAGGAUGAGCAAGGGGAGCAGGAAAGCGGACAGGAGAACGACGACGAAGAUGAUGAUUCGUUCCGGCCUUCAAAUUCUUCCGGAUCGAACAACAUCCAGAACGGUAAUUAUCAAAACGAUAAGGGGACUAAUAAAAAAAAAAAAAAUUCAAACCACCAUUAUUUACGAAACCUAAAUGUGCACAACCACAAUGGUAAUAACAACGUGAAUGCGAAUAGCAACAUGAAUGGAGGAAACAAUGUGAAUGGGGGAAACAACGUGAAUGCGAAUAGCAACAUGAAUGGAGGAAACAAUGUGAAUGGGGGAAACAACAUGAAUGCGAAUAGCAAGAUAAACGGAAAUAACAACAUGAACGGGAAUAAUAUGGGCGCUAGUAACAUGAACGGGAAUAAUAUGGGCGCUAAUAACAUGAACGGAAAUAAUAUGGGCACCAAUAAUAUGAACGGAAAUAAUAUGGCCACCAAUAAUAUGAACGGAAAUAAUAUGGCCACCAAUAAUAUGAACGGAAAUAAUAUGGCCACCAAUAAUAUGAACGGAAAUAAUAUAGGCGCCAAUAACAUGAACGGGGUUAACAACCCUAAUGGAGACGUCCCCAAUGGCAGCAGCAACUUGAGUACAACAGGGGCUACCGCCCUUGGAGCUGCCUCCGCCUCCGUAGCCGCGGGCAGUGGCAAUAGCACAAAUGCACCCAAUACAAACACAAACGCGCCUCAAGGAGUCACAUCGGGAAUGGCCAUGUCUAGUCUCCCCGCAGAUGGAAACGCUGUACAGGUCUUUUCAAAAUUGAUCGACAAUAACGAUAAAUUUAACACCAGCGAAAUUAUAUGCAGUUCGAUCAACUGCGCUCCCCUAACGAAUGACGCCAGCGGGAAGGUACCUCUGACCGACUGCACAAAUGUAACAUAUUGCGGCGGGUGUCCCAUUUUGGGAACGUCAAGAGAUCAGUGUAGCAGCAUGAAAAGUUUUAACCCACAAAAUAUCCUCGUAUCAUCGGGUUUCGUCGACUCUGCAAAUCUGUAUAGCCAAAAUGGCUCGGUAGGUGUGCCGUUUGUGUGGGACAAGGCGUUGUUCGACUUCUCCAAGUGCGUCCCUGACGUGAAUAAAUUCGUCCAGGCAUCCAAGGGAGAACCCAAUGCAGAUAAAACAGAGGCGUACAAGCACCUGUUCAGGCUGGCAAACUUUUACAUAUAUGGAACGAAGCUCACAGAGGAUAACAAAGCGAACGGGUUGAACGUAUCCGUUAGGAUAAACAACGUCAACUCUGAUUCGUUAAAAGCAAAUGAGCAAUCCCCGAAUGGAAACAAUUCCCUUCCCACGUGCCCUUUGAAUGUAACUAAUUUCAAAACAGUUACCAUUCACCAGACGCAGUCCUUCGCCUUUUACCAGCGCCUAUUUGUCCCAGAAAGCACUAAUAUGCUGGACAGCCGAAGCUUGAGUGUAGACAUAACCAAUGACCAGGGAUUCCACGUGGGGAACUACUUUUUUUACGCCAAAAUUGAAUGCCAACGGACGGACCCAGCUAUAGAAAACUGGCUAAAGCUUCAAGCUACGGGACAAACGAAUGUGUUACAGAGCCUGCAAAACAACAAUCAAGUAGGGAACAAUCGCCCAAACGGGGCACAAAACAGCAACGGAACACAAAAUGCCAACGGAACACAGGUGAACCCCCCUGGGAAUGUGCAACUUCCCAAGAGUGAUAAUUCGCAAGGCGAUUCUAAGAAGAGGGGGGGUUCGCACAAGAGCGCCCCGAGCCCGCUUCUCCUUUUGCUACCAAUAAUUAUGUACUUCGUUUUGAUGAAUUAG